UCACUGAUUUUGGAUUGGCGGCGUGUAAAAUGACUAGUCAAGAGAUACGCAAAAGUUUGCCUGGAAUGACAAAAGUACCGUUAAUAGAUAGAAAAGAAGAUGUUUACAUUAUUAUUCUAACUUAUUUGAACCAGUUUUCUCCAACUGAGGGAAACUUGAAUGACAUACGUCCUGCAGCUUGCUUUUCCCCUCAGGUCUUUGGAGCUGGGAAGAGUUUUGUUGGAGAAAAUUUUUUAGAGUUUUUAAAAAAAUUCGCCGACGAAGAAGAAGAGCAGACGAAGACGGAGGUUUUCAACAAGAGCUCAUCGGGAAAAGUUGAUUUGAAGAUUUUUUCUUGGAAACACUUUGCGGAAAACACUUUGUCAGUUUGCUUUAAACUAGAAGAGGGUUUUUCUCGUGCUCCUUUUCCAAGGUUUCUAGAGGCUUUGAUGUAUAAUAUUAUUUUGAACGCUUAUCGACAAAAUGGUAAAGAUACGGACGCUCUUCAGAUGGCUGAGAGGAUGGUAAAGAAUUUUGAUACUGUAGGAGCUAUUGAUUAUCUUCUCGAACAAUUUGAGAAACAAUAUUUAUUUUUGAUGAUAGACGAACUUAGUCAUCUGAGUUACCUCACCAGAUACUAUAGUGAACUUGGCGUGGAACAGUUUGUCGAGUCCGAUCCAGGUUAUGUCCCUUUUCGCAAAUUUUUUCGAACUGUAGGUGAGUUGCUUGAUAGAGGAAAAGUUAUCCUUAGUGUCACCCUCCAUAUGUUGCGGUUGAAUCCCUUUAAUCUCCAUGAUAUUAACGAAUAUAUUGAGCUGGCAACUUAUGAUGGAAAGUCCUUGAAGGACUGGUUAUUGCUCUCCGAUGAUUUACGACAUCGAUUCGUAGAAUUGUUGAAAAAGAAGACAGGAGGUAUUCCGUUGAUUGUAAGAAAUACUUUAUUAGCCCUAGUAGAGAAAGUUGCAAACUUAUCUCAACCUGUUAUCAACAAUGACAAUAUGGAACCCUUAUUAGAUAGAAUCUUUCGCUUGGUACUACUAGAGUCGGUGACGAUUAUUGUUCCGGAGAUACUAGAUUCCGCAACCCUUCUUCGAUAUCAAUUUGUCCUUUUGAAUUAUCAGCUCGGAACAAUUUUUCCAAUUGACUUUGUAAUUACUCUAUGUGGAACGAGAACUUAUUUGAUGGACUUGCUUGCAACUUUUGGGUUUUAUUCUGAAAGUUGUGGAAUUGACGGGAUUGAUAUGGGCAUUGAAUUCAAGAUUGGUUGUUGUGAAUUUAUAUUGAGAGCUCAUAGCAACUACAACUUUUUCCGUGAGGCUACUGAACUCUUUCCUUUAUCUCCGUUUAGUUAUAUUCCCGACACUUCAACAGCAAAGGGAGUCUUCUUUGAAUUUGUAUUUAUGAAGAUCUUUCGUUUUCGCUUAUUAACUUUUCUUCAUUCUAAUUCCUGGCCUAUUGUACAUUCUGCUAUUCCAGGAAUUUUCCAGGGUUCUUUUAUUGAACAGGACAAUGUUUCUUAUUCUAUGGAAUCUACAAAAUCUUAUGAUAUACCCAUCUUGAGAAAUGUCUCUGAUUCAUUUUCUGACUAUUAUAGAGAACAUUUACAACGUUGUGGUAUUUUUGUUCCAAAAGAUGGCAAUUCUAGUGGCCCUGAUGCAUAUGUUGUAUUCCAUAAUGGACAAACACGUUAUGUUGUUGGAUUUUCAUUUACAUUUUAUCACAAAACUGAAUUUUCGAAAGCAAAUAUUAAGGAAGAAGCCAAAAAAUUUUUUAAGGGAGUUGUUUCCGUUUUGAAUGACGAAUCUUUUUCAUCUGUUCAACUUUGUUUUCAGUUUGUGGUGGUAGUUUGUACUCGAUAUGAUCGAUCUGUAGGUUUCUCUGUUGAAGAACAAAAUAUUGUUGAGGAUGCAAGUUAUUUGGUAACUGAACAUUCUACUACUGGGUCAACUUUGAAUGAAAGAAGUCGAUCAUGUAUGCAAUUGAUAGUUGUUUCCCAAAGGAACCUUGAACGAUUUUUGGGAAUAGAUAAUGUCGAUAUUUUGAGGAAAAUUGGGAAAGCAAACCGAGAAGAGUUCAGUAAAGACUUUUCAGUAUGGUGCAAAACUCUCUUUGAGUCGAUGUCCAAUGAAUAUGUUUCAUCUUUGGAAGCUGAGCAAUCAAAUGUUAUUUCAAGAGUGGCUCAACAUAUGGGACGGAGAAUAAAUGAGGAGAAUCGUAUGCGAAUGGAAGGUUUUCAAAGUUCUAUACAACUGGAAAAAGAUAAAACAAGAAGAGAACAAGUAUCGAGUGAUAUAAGUACACAUUUUGACUGGAAAGAGUUUCUUUGCAAGUCUGCGUUAUUACCGGAAGAAGUUGCCACUCGUUAUGCUUUGACAUUUCCUCGUAUAUUUGGAGAUAAUCCUCAAGUGAUUCGAAGAAAGUCACUAGAGUUGAUGGAUAUACCAGAGCAAUACAUUCAAAAAAUUCUAAGAGCUGCAGUAUUACUGAAAGAAAACACAGAAAUGAAAGAAUAAUCAGCUGCUUUCAAAUUUGUGUUAUUGAGGGACAUUCUUUUUAGAACAUAGAGUGAAAGGUGGUAGAGGGAGAGAGAGAGAGAAAAUGAGAGAGUUCUUUGUGCUUUUAUUCUAAUUGAAGCUUACAACAACAAAGCUUAUCUCUGUUCGUAAGCUUUUAUAUUUUCCAUGAAAACGGACGAAUAAAACU